CAGAGAGGGUAUCCACAUUUCAUAUACAAAGUGUUUGUAUUUCAAAACUUUUAUGAGCCGCGACUUUGGCUUGUUUCUCAGUUUGCCCGAUUUCUUUUCUCGACUCGUUAGGGUUUAUAGGUUUUUGUCUCUCCAGGAUUUGUUUUAAAGUUAAGUUCAGCAGAGAAAGAAGAGUAAUUUCUCCUUUGGCUCGAAGCAACUGAAGGUAAUUCUACAUUGUAGGGACAUUUGCGUAUCCAGAAUUCAAGCUCCAGAAAACGAUUUCAAUCCUGAUAACAAUCGCGUACCUCGGGUAACAAGCAUGGAUUCGGAGAUUCGAAUGCGGAAAGCUGAAGGUGGGAGCGAGGAGACACCGCCAGAAUUCGCCCAUCGGAUGAUGAAGACAAUCAACGCAGCGACUCUCACCCUCGCCCUUAGUCUGGGGAGCGAAACGGGUCUCUUUAACGUCAUCGCCACCCAGAAAGAACCACAAACCAGCAAACAGAUCGCCGAAUGCGCAGGCAUGAAAGAACGAUACGUCAGAGAGUGGUUAGGAUCGAUGGUGGUAGCGAGAAUCGUAGAGAUGGACCCUGACAACCAGACAUACUUCGUACCCGAAUCUCGGCGACCUUUCCUCACCAACGGCCCCUGUAACAUCGUCGCAUUCAGUGGUUUGGUCCCCAUGUUAUGUCAUGCCUACGAUUCCGUUCUCGGUUGCUUCAAAGAAGACGGGCCACAAGGUGUUCCAUAUUCUCAGUAUCCCAGGUUUCAUCGUUUUAUGGAUCAUAUGUCACGGAAGAUGCACGAUAAUUGUUUGAUCCAGGACAUGAUUCCUUCCAUAACAGGACUUGUUGAUAUGUUAGAAACUAACGUAUCUGUGUUAGAUCUUGGAUGUGGCCAGGGUCAUGCAACAAUGCUGAUGGCCCAGCGCUUCCCCGGAUGCACUUUCUAUGGGCUUGACAUCUCCCAGAAGGCCAUCGCCGAGGCACGCGCAGAAGCCGCUCGACUCAGCCUAACCAACUGCAAGUUCCUCGUGCAAGACGUUGCCACACUCCCAGACACAUGGAGAAACACAGUGCACCUGGUCACCUUCUUCGAUGCUUUCCAUGACAUGGCCGACCCUGAGGGUGUUCUCCGCGAGACGAGGCGGGUGAUGGUCGAUGGCGGUCUGUUACUCAUGAUGGAAGUCAACGUGCACAGCUCGCCGCACAAAAACGUGGGGAAUCCCCGAGCCAUUGAUGGUUACGUCAUCAGUAUGCUCCACUGCACACCGGUGUCCAUGUACUUUGGAGGCCCAGGACUGGGCACGAUGUGGGGUAAGGAGAACGCUUCGGAGAUGCUCAAGAAACAUGGAUUCGGAGACAUAACCAUGAAGCCAUCGAAGGACAGGUUCAACGUCCUUAUCACGGGGAAAAAGAAAACAGACUAGGUCCACAGCUGAGCAUUCAACGUCAUUAUACCGUUAGGGAUGUCAAACCGAUAAGCUUCAUGAAUUUCAUAGAUCAAGCGCUCUUUGUGUUAAUUUGUCAUAGUGAGUCACAGACUAAUGAGGAAGCACUGGCUAAUAUCAACUGAAUCAUGAAAAUACUUCCAUAAUCACGUCUGUAUCACUGGAAUGGCUGACCAUCUUCGAAAACUUUUUAUGAAGUUAUUUCUCCAAGUAAAGAAAUGGUGUUCAUUUAGAACAUCGAUUCUAUGAUUAGGUGUCAUAGAGCUAGAAAACCUAUUGAGACUGUUUUUACUUUGGUCAGCAUAUCAUUGUUUUAUUUCAAUACUCUGAAAGAAUAUGAAUGUGUAAAGAAUUUCCAUAUAUCGGUACAACAGGAUGAUAAAAAAUACCCUAAAUUCUUACAGUAAUUUUGACUUCUAGGAGGGAAUUUUUAGAACUGAGGUAUUCAGAUUCCCUGUAUUUGUGAUCAAGACGUAUAACUACUUAGUAUUUUCUUUUCAAUAAUGAAUGUGAUACUUAAAAUACUGUUGUGGAUUUGACAGAAUAUUCGCUGAAUAGAACAACAUUUAACGUGUAACUUAUCUGGUGCCACAAUGAGAGCUAUAAAAUAUGUAUCGAAGCCAAAAUGAAAGCUGAAAUUUACGUAGUAGAUAGAUAUACAGUAAAAAUAAUUUAUUUAAUGGUAAAAAUGAUAGAUCAUAUUUUUUAUAUUAAAAAAUGUACAUAUGUUUUUGAAAUAGACAUGCCAUUUUGCCACUUUGAUUUAUGUAUCGAUUUGUAUUUCUGUUUUAUUUAACCUCUUAAUUGUAAGACUAUUUACAGUUUCAAAUUUGUAUUUAAAAAUGUGCUUAAAAGAUUUUGAUGGCCGCUGAUAUAUGCCGGUAGCUAUGAAUUGUUGUUUUCAUUCUUUAUUUAGUUGAAAGCUGGAAUGUAAUUUAUGUAUCAUUUGUUUAGUGGUUAACUGAUUUUGAUUUAUUUUCGGACCUUAUAUUUCUGUUUUAAAAAGAACACAACUCUGAUGUUUGACAUACUCCAGCUCAUGUAUUCAUUGUAUGUAACUUCAUCGCGAAUAUCGUACAUUAUAUUCAAACAUUUCACGUGAUUCUCUAUGUAUCUUAUCAAAAUAAAGACCGUUUUACCCUGGUAUUCAUAAUAUAUUUCUUAUAUAUACAACGACACAAAAUGAAUGUUUCUUAUUAAUUGUACAUAGUAUGAUAUGUAAAUAUAUGAAUAGAAAUUCACCAUCGUCAAUUGUUUUAGAGAUUGAUUAAAUAUAUAUACAAGAAUCGAAAAAGAUACAUAGAAACAUGAAUGUUUCCUUUUAUAUAUUCUUACCAAUAACCCCAAUAAUUAAAUACAUUUUACAUAUAAUUAUAAUAACUGCCAUUAGAGGCGACAAUUAAUUGACAGUGAAAGUCUGUGUAUCGUGAUGUUUUUAUGCAGUAGUGUUAACUGGUCAAUUUGUGGAGAUUGUGACAACUUUCCUACAAUUAAGAAAUGGAAACUUAAACAGAAGUCUGGUGUUGGAUUCAGACUUGAAGUUCUUAACUUGAACUUUAAAACAAAAACUGAAUGGACGGUUUUGAUGGCUGAAAUUAACACAUUCUGACUUGCUUUUUUGUAUCAUGGUUUUCCUACUUAUUGUCUGUUAAUUUUUUUCAAUGUGGAUUUUUUUUUUAGAAGGGGGAGGACGUCGUUGAUUAUUGUCUGAUUUAUGUAAUGUUUGCCAAUAUACUAAUGAAGAAUUUACAAUAAUUCUGAUUCGUUUACUUAGACUUUGGCUCCAUCAUGUUAAGAACGCUAAAAAUGAAUUCUGGAAUAACUACAACAGACGUACAUCAUGUGAGUUAUUCCUACUUUCUCUUUGCAUCACAUCAAUUAAUCAAUAUUUUUCUUUACAAUUUUGUCACUCCCCGCCCCCUCCCCGCUAAUGAUUGUACACAAGAUUCUUUACCAUGUGUCGUUUACAAACCUUGCUUUUUAGACAAGCUUCCUCCGUUUUGUUACUUUUUUGCUUUAGUUUAGUUUGUCUGGCCCUAUUUAAAUUGAUAUGUUUUAAAUUCAGUCCCUGAUAUAAUUAAUCAAUGAUAUCUAGGUUUAUUCUUGUUCUUCUAUGUUUGAUCUAAACAACUGUGAAUAUUUAAAUUUGUAAUUUUUUUUUUAUUUUGUUGAUCGGUAAAAAAUCAUUAAUCCCAUGUUAGAGGUCAUUAUUCUAGUACUUAAUUGGAAGACGACAGGUGACAUCGAUGAUAUUGGCAUCUGAAAUACCUUCUGAAUUUAAAAGUUGUCUCAAUAUUUUCUUUUCGACCAAGCCAAUAGUUUAUAUAUAUAUUUUAUAUAUAUAU